AUCCUCCACAGACACACAUUACCCCAAACCCCAAGUUGCAUUGCUUCUUUCUCCGCUUCUUCUACAACACCUCAUUUCCUCCCUUCUCUCCUCCUUUUUCACACACUCCCUCUCUUCCGUAAUCAAAUACUAUUGUCUUUUGUUAAGUGAUCGUCAAAUACUGGACCCAGGUGAAAAUGAAGGUGAAAUUUCCAGAUUACAAUUCUUAUGCAUGAUCACCAUAUCAUAUUUUCUUUUUAUAUAUUCUUAUAUGCUUUUGCCUUUGAUAUAUUUAUGUCCCUUUCUCUCCCUCAAUUUCCCUUCUGUUUCAUUUUCCAUUUAUACAAGCAGGACUAGUUUUUGAUAUUUAUAUUCCCCACCCUACUCUUAUUUUCUUAGUAUCUCCGAUGGAUGUGUCUCACUCAUUUUAUACUUUAUAUCAUACAUAUUAUUUAAUUCAACUAUGAUAGUUGGUGCAGAAUAUAGAUAGCAUAGUAUAUAUCUCAGUUACUAUGUUCUUAUCUUUUCCAUUUUUUGUUAAAAGAAAAUAAGUACAUCUUAGAAAAAGAUUAAAACUAUACACGGGUAUCUAAACGUGUUUUAAUAGAAUUUAAUGUUAAUUGCUGAUUGUUAUUUCUAGAUUGUUUCUAGCGUUUUUCUGAGUGUCAUGCAUGUGGUCCUUUUUGUUGCAGAAAGUGGUGGUGAAGUUGGAUUUGCACGAUGACAAAGCAAAGCAGAAGGCCAUGAAAUCGGUUUCUAGCCUAUCAGGCAUCGAUUCCAUCGCCAUGGACAUGAAGGAGAAGAAACUGACCGUAGUGGGUGACAUAGACCCUGUCCACGUGGUGAGCAAAUUAAGAAAAACUUGGCACACAGAAAUUUUAACUGUUGGGCCGGCAAAAGAGCCAGAGAAGAAAAAAGAUGAAGGUAAGAAAGAGGAAGAGAAAAAAGAUGAUAACAAGAAGAAAGAUGAUGAUAAGAAGAAAGAUCAAAAUCAACAAAUUGAGGAACUUGUCAAGCUCUAUAAAGCAUAUAAUCCCCAGAUGACUACAUAUUACUAUGUUCAAAGUGCUGAAGAGAACCCAAAUGCUUGUGCUAUUUGUUGACUACAUAUGUGCUUGAGAAGACAAGUUGUGUUUAUUGGCGGAUUCUAUAGCACCUGAGCGUGUAAAUUAUAUAUUGGGUGGAUUGAUUGAAGCAGGAAGAGGAUUAAUGAUGUAUCAAAAUAGGCCCAGAAGGUUUUGAAUGAAUAAACUGAUGUGUGGAUCUGUGAACAUAUUUCCCAUUUAAAAUUGUGCUAUACUUG